CCCGCGCAGCCCCCGCCGCUGCCUGGCGGGUCUCCGGCCCUGCUCCGAGCCCCGCUCCUUCCCCCCCACCCCCUUCCCCCCCUUUUUUUUUCCCCCUUUUCUUUCCCUUUUUUUUUUUUUUUUUUUCCCUCCUCCCCCGUUUUUCUCCUCCUUCCCCUCCCCGCGGGCAGUUUGCAUGCAUUGUCUGUCUCCCAAGAUGGUUUGUGAGACCAAGAUCGUGGCGGAAGACCAUGACUCGAUCCCGGGCUCCAAAAAAGACACGAUCAUUGUUUCGUCCUCCCAGAUGUGGCCCACUUUGUCGGGCACCCCCUCUGCUCCCCUCAGCCCCCCCAAAGAGGAGCCCAGGCGCGACAACGUGUACAUCCGCGAAUUCCACCCCUCCGAGCAGGAGGUGGUGCGCCGCAUCUUCUACGAGGGCAUCAUGGAGCGGAUCCCCAACACGGCCUUCAGGGGGUUAAAGCAGCAGCCCCUCACUCAGCUGCUCUACGGGCUGCUGGCGGUAAUAUGCUUUGUUGUGACCAAGUCCUUCCUGCUGACCUGCUGUUUGCCCAUCUUUCUGAUGGGCAUGAGGUACUACUUCAGUAGAAAAGUUAUCCUCCACUAUCUCGAUUGUGCGCUGCAUACGGACAUGUCCGAUAUUGAGCAAUAUUACAUGAAACCGCCAGGCUCCUGCUUCUGGGUGGCCGUCCUGGACGGCAACGUGGUGGGGAUCGUGGCGGCGCGGGGCAACGAGGAGGACAACACGGUGGAGCUGCGCCGCAUGUCCGUCGACUCCAACUACCGCGGCAAGGGGAUCGCCAAGGCCCUGGGCCGCAAAGUGCUGGAGUUUGCCAUGCUCAACAACUACUCCUCCGUCGUACUGGGGACCACGGCCGUGAAGAUGGCGGCCCACAAGCUGUACGAGUCCUUGGGCUUCAAGCACGUGGGAGUGGUUGAACAUUACGCCCUGCCGGGGAUGACGCACUCCUUGCUGGAGAGAAUGUUCUUCCAGCUUCGCUACCACCGCUACCGCCUGCAGCUGCGCGAAGAAUAAAAAAAAAAAAACCCAACCCACCAGGCGAAAAAGUUAUUUUUUUUUCUCUCCUCCCUCCUCCCUCCACCCUCCAAAAAAUAAUAAUAAUAAUAAUAAAUCGCCCUUCUAUUUCUCGUCGCCGUUUAUUUGCCAAUUUUGUCCACCCUUGUUCCCCCAUCUCAUUUUUAGUUUGCUCCGUGCAGCCGGGUGGCAGGACUGGGCGCCGCUCCCUCGCGUGCUGGAGGGGGCGAUGCUGGCAGUCCUGCCGUCUCCGUGCACGGGGCCGCGGACCUGCAGCCCUUCCUCCCCAGGUACCGACAUAAAGCACAGAAACUUGCCUGCAAGACAGCACCACAGCUCCGGUGUACAUAGUCUUUUCCUUUUCCAGAUGUAAGAUAACACAGCGACGCAUUCGUAAUAGCGCAGAGGAAAAAUUACUUGAAUGCAGAUUUCAGUAUUUCAUGCACCAGUAAGUAUAGAAUAUGCAUUCGUCUUACCCUUAUUUACUGGUUAAUCGUUUUCAAAGAAAGAGCCGGGGGGGAAAGCCCCCCAGCCCAACCCGCUUGCUACAAUGCAUGAAGAGGAAGCGUGUGCACGCACUGACGCAUCGCACUGCCGCCACGGCACCGGUGUUGCACUUUCUGUGGAUGUGCCUCGUUCUGCCAAACGUCCGAGGGACCCUCGGCGCAUCCCGUAACCACGACUCCGCUCCAUCCUCAUCCUCCUUCCUACGCCAGCAAACAAGACUCGACCCGUUCGGACUCGGAGCCCCGUUGUAACAUAGCGUGACGUGAAGAUCAAUCAACCCUACCCAGCUCUGCGCUCCUCCGUAGCCACGCGUAGCCUGCACUCCCCGGGCCAGACUCCGCAUGUGCGUUGGACUUUGCUGCCUUUUGGGGUGGGUUCUUUUGGGGUUGGUUUUGGUUUCUUUUUUUUUUAUUAUUAUAAUUAUUAUUUUUUUUAAUUUCUGUUAUUAUUUUCAGUUUUGGCUUUUGCUGAAUGGUGUCAUUGAGGCAUAAUGGAGGCUGCAGUUCCUAUGGCAACCCAUUUGCACAUUCAUGUGCGCGCCACAUCCGAGCACUUCAGAGAAGCAACGUGUGACAGAUAAUAGCAUUUUGGGGAGAGCUGGGGAGGGGGGUGGGGGCUGGGGGGGGGCACACACUUAUUAUCUUAACCAGCUGCUUGUUCGAUACGUGUAGAUGGCCUCACUGCAGCCUGCCAUAAAAGGUAAUUAACCGCUUUAAUGAUGUCAGAUUUGUGAAUUGUACAAUGCAAAAAGCAAUGCAAAGCAGAUCCGGCAUGUGUCUGUACCCAGUAUGUAUGUACAGUGCCUGCCAACUAAAGAGUAACCAAGACUACAGCUUCUUCUAGCCUGAAAUAUCAACUUUUAUAACUUAUUUAAACAAAUAGCAACUCUGCAUGAAUUACGUCUUGGGGUGGGGGGGGGGAGGGGGAAGGGGAAAGACCAGUAGGUUUUAAUUUUAAAACAUGGUAUCAGAAAUAUAAAGAAAACACAUUUCUGGCUGCACUUAAUUGGAGGUGGGUGGAGGGGGCUCAGCUAUGUUAAUAUAUUUAAAGGGAAAAAACCCUUUAACUUAGUUCCUUGGGGAGGGGCGGGGGGGAGUUCCUAUUUUACAAAGUAUUACGCGUGUGGGGAGGGGGGUGGAAAAAAAUAAUGUUCACGAUGAACUUGGUGAGAGGAUCGAGCCACAAAUGCCACGAGAGCAUCACGGUGCGUGGGAGAGCUGUGGAGGGGGAUGGCUGGGGAGGGGGCCGCAUCCUGCCCCCGGGGGGCUGCAUCCCCCUGCACCCCCCUGUGCCGGAGGCGGCCCCGUCCCGCUGCGUGGUCCCAGCAAUAAGGGUGGGGGGGGGAGAAGGAGGCCGGGGAAGGGCGCUGUAAUAAUAAGAGGCUGCGAGUUUAAUUAAUUAACAAAAUUUCUGUAUGGGGCACUCUAUUUUUAAAAGUCUUUCUAAUGCUGUACAUUUCUCCUGGAGCCGAAAUCAUGUACUGUUGGUUGGGGUUUUUGUAUAGUGUACAGAAAUUGGCGGAAUAUUUUCUUGCUGCUUUCGGUGAUUUAUUAACCUAAGGAAAAUAGACGAAUAUAAAGUGUUAGCGAAAGUGAAAGGGAAAAAAAAAAGAAAAAAGAAAACACAAAACAGUUUGUGCCUUUUUUAGUUUAUUUUUCUGUUUCUAUAUAAUCACUGCACUAAAACCUUUCCGGAGGGGGAAAAAAAAAUAACUAGUCUCUUAAUAAGGGAGGAAUGCGUAAAGCCUAAAUUGAGCGUUAAUUUUUUAUUGGGGUAUUUAAUUAAAAGAAUGACGCUGGUUUUAUUUGAUACCUGUGCCUUUGUAAUGAAACCUCCAUACCCUGUCCGAAAAGCCAAACCUGGAAUCAAUUCCACCAGAUCCCACAGACACGGAAGCACCAUUGGGUUACUGGGAUUUCCUUUAAAAGGCGUGAACUGUUGCUGGUGAUUGCAGGACCUGCUCGUGAUGCCCAGGAGAGAAGAGGCACUGCCAAAAAUGUGGCCUGCUGCGUUCCCCCAUCCAUACGCCAGGUCCCAGGGAUGUGCUGAAGCGAGUCCUCGCCACUCAGCCACCUGCUGCUGAGCAAAUUUCUUCCUGUAAUGCUCACUUGUGCGGCUCUGUGACCUGUGUCUUUCUGGAAGAAAUCCAUCCCAUUGCUCCCAGCUCCGUCCUGUGCACCCAGUGUCCGGAGGGGAGGGCUGGCUGCCACGUUUGUGCUUUCUGAAGAAGACGGAGAAGGUUGUGAGAUGCUGCUGAUCCUGCCCCGACUGGGGUGCUUUUUACUGAGAAACCCUCAGAUGCCUGCAUGGCGGCAGAGGGAUGGGGAGCAGGAUGUCCAGAGUGCCCAGAGCUGCUGUCACCAAGAGGAGACAAGGCUGUGCGUGAAGACAUGAGUGGACACUGCCGCUUCAGUCCCUGAACGUGGAGCCAGAAAUUCCAGCCAGCAGACCACGGUGCAGAUCACAAUGUGAUGUCGUGAAGCUGAACCGGCUUUGACAGAUCCAUCUGUAUGCUGUGCCCCUUGCAGGGUACCCCGAUUCCACCAGCACUGCAUGACAAAGUCAGACCCCGCUCACUGCCCCAAGCACUGGCUUUGCAGCCCCCCCGGCACCACCAGCCCCUUGCUCCUGGCGUGAGCAUCACCUCCUGACUGUUCCCGUCCCCAUGCAGCGGCUGGGUGGUGCAGAGCAGCACAAAAUGGUCAUGGAAAGAUCUGCACCUACCGCCUGAGCCUCCUGGAGAACCCUUUGCCAGUCAUCAAGUCUAAUUCCAGCGGUGACUGUCGUCAGCAGAUGAGAGGGGCUGCUCCGAACAAAUCCUGGUGGUUUCUUUCCAAGCACAGCGAGGGGAGGAGUAGCGCAGCCCUCAUAAACCUGGCUUGGGUUUGGCUUCACGUGGUGAGCAUUUUGGGCACUGGGACGGCCUCAGGCUCAGGUGGAGGUGCCGGAGGUGUGCAGGAGUGUCCCCCUGCUGUGCCAAACGCCUGCUCUCACCUUGCUGUGCCCCUGGGCUGCUGCAGCCCGCUGCCCUCGCAUCGUGUGCUUCGUGGUCCCACCGACAGCUGUCUCCUUGGCAUCACGGCCGUCCUGCAAAUCCCCACGCAGCCAGCUCUACCCGAGCAUCCUCUGUUUGGUGGCACUGGGACAGAGCCACAGCUCACUCAGGAGAGCACCUUGCAGUGUCCAGAGGUGAUGCUGAAGUCUCUUUCUUAAAAGAUAAGGGGAAAUUUUGUAUCAACAUGGCUCAGGUCCGCAGCCUUGGGGCUUUCCCAGGUGCUGAGCUCCCCUGGAGGUGAGUGGGGAUGUCCUGCACAUCCCGAGCACGCCGGCAUCCCAAGCAGACAUCAUGUUUGAUGAGCUCCAUGGGAAGCUCAGCCCCUUAACGUAGCCAGGCCAGCGGUGCUGAGCAAUCAAAGCCACAAGGAAAGCGCUUCCUAACCUCACUCAAAAGCCCUGAGCCGAUGUUUGUUGUAAAUUCAUGCUGUGUUCUCCCUUAAGCGAAGCAGGCAGCACCUGCGAGGUGCCUGGAAAAGGCAGGUGAGCUCCAGCUCUACCCUGCAGGGAUGGCUGGGGGCUUGCAGGGCUCGCCCCACAAGCAGUAGGGCAGCCCCAAGAAAGCCAGUGAGAGUCCUGAGGGCAGAUUGUCCAAGGACACGGAGGUUUUGGAAAACCUGUCCGCAAGCACUGCUGCCAUCCACAGCUCGCUGAGCCUUUUCCAUCCACCCUGCGUGGCCGCUGCCUUUUCGUUUGCCAGAUUUCCUGGCUAAGGUGCAAACCGAUAGAGAGCGAGCAGAGGGAUCCCAGAGCUGCCAAACACACGAGGGCAGGACCCAGCUCCAGUUACCUCUGAAUUACCAAUCUAAUUUUAAAUUUGCUGGGAGCCUGCGUUUCAUUAGCACUGGUAUAAUGCCAUUGGUAUGCACUCUAUUUAAAGCUUAAUAAAGGCAUUUUAAUUCCAAGCUAACUGGAGUCUUGCGGUGGAAUAUACUGUACCGCACACAGAAAAUGAAUGGAUGGAAGCUAGUAAAUAAGCUUUAACAUGCAAAAGGAUCAAUUUAUCUUUUUUUUUUUUUUUCCACUCCCUCAAAAUAUAUCCCCACAAAAUCCUGAGCAGAAGACCCGUGCGCUCUUGCAUCCCUCAGUAACGGAGACUAUGCACAGAGAUUAUUUUUUUAUCUCCCACUGAAGAACUGCUGCCUGGACUCUCCUUGUGGGUACCUUCACUGGAAACAGAAGGAGCUAGAGAAUCAUUCAAAUAACAGCGAGUUUAGUUAAAACACAGCGAGCUCUCAGGCAGAUUUUGGAGGGUGAUUGCUGCUGAGUAUUGUCACACGACGGUCAGCUGCGGGAGAGGGCAAGCUUUUAACACCUGAGUAGUGGAAGAUGGGCUUGGUGAGACCAAGAGCGAAAAAAAUACCUAAUGCAACUGUAAAUUCACUUACGAGUAACACGUUUCAAUGCUGAAGCGGCUACUGCUAUGUAAGCAUAAUGAGCAUAUGGCUAACAUCGUUUUCAAUUUCUUUUCCUCCAAAGCUUAGUCUUUUGACUUGUAAUAUGUAUAUUUGCUUUUUUUUUAAUAUAUAUAUAUAUAAAAUAUAUAUAAUUAGGUUUAACAAAGCAUCCAUCGCUUUGUGAGUUGUACUUAUGAUUGUGCUGGGCUGUUAGCUUUAAGCAGUUUGUGUGCUUGUGUUAUUUUAUUAAAGCAAAAGUCUUCUCGAGACAAAUGCGGUAAAGGUUAAAAAAAAAAUAAUAAUAAUUUUUUUUUUUUUUUUGGAUAGUGUUAAGCAGAUGUGUGGUAUGCAUUUGGGAAAACGUCCAAUGUCAGUUGAAACAAACCUGGGGCUUAAUUGCUUACCAGAACUGCUCGCGUCCGCGGCGGUGGCUCGUUGGUUCGUGGGCUGAGCCUGCGGGAUCCGGGAUUGCCCUGGCCAGCCUCGGCCCUGCACCUCCUCUCCCUUGUGCCAGCCCAACGUGAAUUAGUCUUGUGUUGUCCGUGUUCAGCGCAGCCUGCACUGUACUUUGUAACGGGAAGCGGCUGCGAGUCCUCAAAGAAAUACGAACCUUUAUUAAAACAGCAAUAAUUAGCACUGCGAGGCCGGGGAGAGGGGGCUUCCCCAGGGGGCUUGGCUGGGGGAGGCUGCUUGUCGUGGGGGCUUCAAGGGCGAGUUAUUGGGAUUAUAUGGGAUUUGUGGUGGGAGCAUGUCCACAGGUGGGAGAGAAAACGGUCACGGUCAGAGGAGGGCGAGAAUAACCCAGGGCUGCUCCCGCACCGGGGCGGAAAAUAGCAGAAAGGAGCUAGUAGAAAGGAGCUUGCGUUUCCAGGGGAAGGAGGUGGCAACUGGCACCGAUGGGAACCGCAGGGGCUGGAGGUGCAGCCUUCAUCCCCUGCUCGCAGCUCCCCCACGAGAGCGGUGUGUCCGUGUGUCCGCGUGUCCGUGCGUCCGUGUGUCCGUGGGUGGUGAGGAGCGAGGCGCCGGGGUGAGCGAGGCGGAGGUACUCACGUUCUGUUCCUGAUGGCCGCUGUAACUGUGAAAAUUAACCAGACCUGCUGUGAUAAAUUUGGUUAUAUAAGGUUUAUUUGGUUAAUUUUUUAUAAGUGAAAACUGAAAAGAUGAAAGAGAAUUGUAAUAUGAAAGCAACUGCUGUAAAUAAUGUACGAAUGAAUAAAAUCUAAAACUUAUGUCAGUUUUUUCCUAAA